AUGCUACGAGCUUUCUCCAUACUCAACCGUCCGCCUCCCCAGUAUCCCGGCCAUGCCCCUCUUACCAGGAUCGAACGCGGUGCGCUGGCAAUAGGAUCGGCAUUUGGAUCACUAAUUAAUCCUCGGAGGGGAGAUCUUAUCGCUGCUCUGGGCGAAGCAACUGCAACACCAUACUUCAUUUACCGUCUCCGCGAUGCAAUGCUGUCGAACCCCACGGGCCGUCGCAUACUGAGAGAUCGACCCCGACUUUCAUCCGAAACGCUUUCUAUGCCAUACCUUCGUACUCUCCCAGAAAACUCGGUUGGACGCACGUACGCGGUAUGGCUUGAUCGAGAAGGAGUAUCGCCAGACACACGUGACAACGUCCAGUACAUCGACGACGAGGAAUGCGCGUACGUGAUGCAGCGGUACCGAGAAUGCCAUGAUUUCUACCACGCGGUGACGGGGCUGCCUACAAUGGUAGAAGGGGAAUUAGCGCUCAAGGCGUUUGAGUUUUUGAAUACGGUGAUACCAAUGACAGGGCUCAGUCUGGCAGCGCUAGUUCGGCUGAAGCCGGCGGAAAGAGAGCGGUUUUUUACCCUGCAUCUGCCCUGGGCAGUGAGGAGUGGGUUGGCUAGUGAAGAGCUGAUUAAUGUGUACUGGGAGGAACAGCUAGAGCGGAAUGUGGAUGAGUUGCGUGCGGAGUUGAAUAUCGAGGCACCGCCGGAUUUGAGGCAGAUUCGGAAGAUGAUUCGACAGCAGGAAAAGGCUGAGAGGGAGAAGAGGGCUAAGAAUACCCAGUGA